UGCUCUACUUCCACAACCUAUCUCUUUAGCUUCAAACACUAAGCUACAGACACUUCUCUUCACACCCUCUUAUUCAAACUUCUACCUCCAUCCAACACAUAGAUUCACAAGAUAUGGAAGCCUCAUAUUCCACCAAUUCUCUAGCACAAAACACUCUCCUUAUAAUACUUCUCUACACGGCUUUCUCCAUCACUUUGAUCUCUGCCCUUGAGAACACAAAUGUCGAAUUCAUAAGAUCGUCAUGCAGUUUGACAACUUACCCUACCCUCUGCUUCAACUCACUCUCAACUCGAGCAGGUGCAAUCCAAACAAGCUCUAAGCUACUAGCCCAAACAGCUCUAUCCGUUGCCCUUGACACCACCCGAUCCACCUCUUCUGCAAUGGUAAAAUUGUCACAAGUGCAUGGUAUGGCUCCUCGAGAGGUUGCUGCCAUGAAAGACUGCAUUGAGUUGCUGGGUGACUCUGUAUACGAGUUGAAAAGAUCACUUGAGGAAAUGAAUAGACCAGGUUCCAAAGAUUCCGGGCUAGUGAUCAGCGACAUACAAACAUGGGUCAGUUCUGCAAUGACGGAUGAAGACACAUGCUCUGAAGGGUUUGUGAAUGACCCAAAAAUGAAGAGAGUGGUGAGAGGAAAGAUCGUGAAUGUUGCACACUUAACCAGCAAUGCUUUGGCAUUGAUCAACAGUUAUGCUAGCUUCUCUUAGCAGACAGUUGAGGGAAAUUAGAGAUAAUUAAGCAUGGAUGUAUUCAAGAAUCAUAACAGAAGGCAGCUAAAGGAAACAUGAAACAGCAGAACUUCAAACACAUAAGCAGAAGUUACAGCUCAAUGUAGCAUAAAACCCAUUUUAUUUUGGUUCCAAAGUAGCAGUGUGUGAAUGUUUGGCAAAUUGUUGCUAGCCUUAGUUGCAAAUGCAACGUACUAUUGAGUGAAAAUGUCAUCAUUGUAUUAAUAAUGUUUUGAAAUAUUAUCAUGUCUCGUACUGCUAUCA